GAUACACGAGAUGCGCUACUUCGUGUUCGCACAGACUCGUGAGCAUUUAUAAUAAUGUCAGACAAGAUUGAUAAUCUGCGUUGCUUUUCUCAACCGCUUAUCCAUUUAAAUGGGACAAACAACGUGACGCCAGUAUCACUGCCAACUCUCAGUUUAUUAAACGACUAUUCCCGAAACAGUGUUAACUUCGAUAAAGUUCAUCUUUCUCUUAGCGUACUAAGAUUGGACCCUGCAGACCGCGCAGUAAUAAAAAUCGCAGAUGAACGUGAUGCAAUACAAAAGAAAGCCUUCACCAAUUGGGUUAAUCAACAUUUGGUUAAGCGUAAUUGUUGGGUUCAAGAUUUAUUUUUGGAUUUACGUAAUGGUUACUUACUAGUACGUUUAUUGGAGUGUUUAACGAAUGAAGUAUUGGGGCUUGAAUACAUUGAAAGUCGUGUCCAUUGGAUACAAAAUAUUCAACGUGUAUUAGAUUUUCUUCGAUAUCGUGGGAUUCGCAUAGUAAAUAUUCGUGCAGAUGAAAUCGUCGAUGGUAAUCCCAAGUUAACAUUAGGCCUUAUUUGGAUUAUAAUUUUACAUUUUCAAUUGGCAGAAUUGAUUGAAAAUCAGACAAAAUUACAAUCGGAUCUUCGUGUUAAUUUAUCCAUGGAUAAUGCGGCUAAACAAACAUUACUUAGUUGGUGUCGAGCAGUCACAGCGAAUUAUCCAGGUGUAUAUAUAAAAGAUUUUACUGAAUCGUGGAAAGAUGGUCGCGCAUUCCUUGCCUUGAUUCAUCGUUAUAGACCGGAUUUAAUUGAUUUUCGUCAAGUUGAUCGUCAAUCUGCCCGUGAAAAUCUUGAUUUAACAUUUGACUUAGCUGAACGUGAACUUGAAGUUACUCGUUUAUUUGAUUCAGAUGAUAUUGCAAAAACAACUGAUGAACGAUCGAUUAUAACUUAUGUAGCCUCAAUUUAUGAUAAACUAGUAUGUAAUUCAUCAAAACAUUCAUUAUAUCCAGUACCAAUUGUACCACCUAUGCCUUCUUUAUAUCAUGAUCAAAAUUCUACUAGUAGACCAAUUGAUUCAACUUUUCAACUUCUUAGUGCUUCUAAUCAACUUUCAGAUGAAUUAAAAUCACUUUGGUCAGAUUAUCGUAUUUUAGGUAGUGAUCUAAUACAAUGGUUAAGAUCAACUACUGAUCGUAUGGCUAAUCGUCAUUUUCCAUCAGACUUAAAAUCAAUGCAAGAACGUGUUAUGGAUGAAAUACGACGGCAUAGACGUGAUGAACGACCAAGAAGAGAAAGAGAACGUCAACAAUUAGUUCGUAUGUAUGAAGAAUUAAAGCCAUCUUUUGAACGUGGUUUACUACCAAUUGAUUUAUUCCUUCGAAUUGAACAAAUUCACCGAUUAUGGGAUGAAUAUGAUAUUGCUUUACAAGAACGUGAAUUGGCUGCAAGAAAUGAAACUCAUCGUUUAGAUCGUUUACAAUGGGCUGGUAAUCGAGCUCUACGUGAUUGCAUUCAAGUCCAAGCACAGUUGACUGCCUUAGAACGGCGAGUUGUUGAGUUGAAAUCUGAACUACCUGGUCAGCAUGUAUUCGAUACUAAUAAUGAAAUAAGACGUUGGUGUGAUCAACUUACGCAAAUUGAAGCUAAAAUCAAUGGAUUAUUCAAUCAAGUACAACAUUUACGCACUGGACGAUAUAUACAAACAGAACAAAUUUAUAGAAAUGUUUGUACAUUACACCAGAAAUUCUUAGAUCUUCAACGUUUAUAUCGAGAAUUUACAUCUUCUUCAACGGUAUUAUCACCACUCAGUGUCGUCUCUGGUUCUGUUUGUUCAACAUCUAUGACCAUAUCGAGUCACUCUACAUUCACAUCUCUUAAAAAUGGUACCAUUUUGGAAAACACUCACCUUAUUCAAGGUAAAUUAAUUAGUCCAAUCGAACAAUGCUUACAAUGGAUUAUGGAACAUUCUCACACUGUACAAACUGCAUCCUAUGGAGCAAAUCGAAAAUCCGUAGAAGAAGCUACUAGGCGUCAUGAACAAUUUCAUCGAGAAGUGUUGAACUUUAAGAACGAAAUCGAUCGAUGCAAAGCUAAUCAACAAAAGCUUCCGACACGAUCAAAAGAAGAGAAACAAGUUCUUAAUGAAUCACUUCAAAUACUUGAACAAAAUUAUCAACAAUUAAUGGAAGCUUCAUUAAAACGUCGAAAUAUGUCGAAGUCAUUAUUGGAAUUUGUAGAACGUGCCCAUAAUGAAUUAAUUUGGCUAAGGGAACAUGAAUCAUUCGAGGUGACUCGAGAUUGGACUGAAAUUUAUCAUAAUGAACUAGAUCGUAUUCGAAUUGAUUUUCAAGUGGGUUGUUUGUAUAAUUGAUCGAUUUUUUUGCUUUACAUUAAAUUUCCAUAUGUUUACAUAUGUAUAUAAUUGUGAUCAUGGAGACUAGUAAUCAUAUGACAUUUAAAAAUCGGUGUAAUUUAUCAGAGUUAUUCUAUCAAUUGUGAACCGAAUACAUAAAUGUUUACUCUAUGUGAUACCAUUUCAUCAAGUUCAUUAUUCAUUGAUGUUUGAAAACAAAUUCAAUUGUAAGCUAAAGAGAUGUAGUUCUCGUGACAUUAAGCAUCAGUACGAUGGGAACUUGGAAACACUUUGUUCAACGCUAAAAACGAUGGUCCAUGUCUAAUCACUUUACAUUUCACACUUAAUAUUGAAUACAUUGUCACUCGGUAGCAUUUUCUGCACCGUCAAUCAACAUUAUACUCAAAAGAACUUUGAUAUUAUUCAUUCUAAUUUAAAAUAAUCUUUUCUUAAAGUUAACUUUUUCACAAAAUUCCACUAAGUAGAAAGCAUUAACAAUUAACGAGGACGAAAAACUUGCAUUUCCAUCCAGUUUUCUUUACAAAAGAAGGAAAAUGUAAAAAAUUCCAACUUUAAAAAAAUUUACGCUCACUUUUCCCCACGGAUAUGAUUGCCACCAGUAAUCCGUUUAAAACACACCAGGAACUACUCGAAUAAAGAUAGUGCGUGACCGGUUUCGAGUAUUUGUUCCCUGAAUUCCGCGAUCGCAAUGACAAUUUCCGGGAACCUCUACUUUUCAGAAACUUCAAGAAGAAGCACCCUUUUAUAGUAUGGACAACCGGGAAGUGAAAGGCACUCACACACCUAAUAGCACUAGACUAAUUACAUUAUUUAUCUUUCAACCAAUGGAUUAUUAGUAUGCUCAGAAUCUGUCCUACCGAAUUCAGUUUUUAAUUGCCAUUUGAUAGAGAUAAUCUUCAUAAGAAUUUUAAAAAGUAUAACUCGAAACCGAGUGCAUAAACGUGUAUUCAUUUAUUGAAUUAUAAGUUCAAAGUGAAUUAUCGUGAAUGAAAAAGAAACAUAAAUUUAUGUCAAUUGCUUUCAUGCUUCUUACACGUUUUUUUUUACUGUGUGCACAAGCAUGUUUGUUUAAUGAGUGAAAUAAUUGAUUGUUGAACCGAUCGAUCGAUCCAUGUUACAUACAACCUUGUGAUCUGAAGCACUUUCUAACCGAAUUUUAUUCUCUUUUUUAUGUAUGUUUUCUAUCUUGUCAUUCAAUCAAUGCGUUGAGUUUGUGUUUGUUUCUUCUCAAUAUAAUUAUCUAUAUUUUACUAGGUAUUAAAUUGUUCCAUUCGAUUUCUUAUCGUAGUCUAUACACCUACAAGUUAUUUAUCACCUUAAUGAUGAUUAACUUAAGGUUAAAAAAAUUGUGUAGUUUUAUACUCUGUACAGUGUGUAAUUAUUGCUACACCGGCAUGUCAUAAUUGUAAACUGUCUUUUAGUGUGAUAUGAUUUACUUCACAAAAAAUUGAAUGUAAAGAAAUGAAAUCUUUAUUUGUCAAAUCUAAAUAUAAGCAUGUUGUGAAUGUUUUCAAGUUAAAAGCCGAUAACACUUUUUAUGGCUUAUUGUCAAUUCACUUGCUUUUUAUAAUCAUGUUAAAAGUACCGAACUAAACAUAUUAGUUACCGGUACCUGUUAUUGUUUACUUAUUUUAUGCUUUCGCAACACUUUCAUUUAUCUAUACCACCAUAGAUUCAUCUAACUAUUUAUUCGAAGUACAUGUAUAUGCGUACUUAUGUGUAUAGAUGUUUUAAAAAG